UGAAAUUGCAAUUAAUUUGCCAACAAAAUGAAGAUCGGCUUGUGUUCAUUCAGCGGGUACAAAAUCUACCCUGGCCAUGGCAAAACCAUGGUUAAGGUUGAUGGCAAGAGCUUCACCUUCCUGGACAAGAAGUGCGAGCGGUCCUAUCUGAUGAAGCGCAAUCCCCGCAAGGUUACGUGGACCGUGCUUUACCGCCGCAAGCACCGCAAGGGCAUCGAGGAGGAGGCCUCCAAGAAGCGCACUCGCCGUACCCAGAAGUUCCAGCGUGCUAUCGUCGGCGCCUCGCUGGCCGAGAUCAUGGCCAAGCGCAACAUGAAGCCGGAGGUGCGCAAGGCGCAGCGUGAUCAAGCCAUCAAGGUGGCAAAGGAGCAAAAGCGCGCCGUUAAGGCCGCAAAGAAGGCCGCUGCCCCCGCACCCGCCAAGAAGUCUGCGCCCAAGCAGAAGGCCGCUAAGGUCACGCAGAAGGCCGCUCCUCGCGUCGGUGGCAAACGGUAAAUAAUGCCUGCCCCCCGUCGGUAGUGAUGUGCUAAAGUUUUAAUAACAGGAUCUAAGAAACCAGAAGUGAAACAAAAAUUAAAACGCCUCAAAUGCGAAUUUGUGGUUACAAAAAAAAAAGUCAA